AUGAGUGAUGAACCUGUAGAAGUGGUAGCUAUGGGUAAGAAGAGUCGUCGUCCCGAUCAUAUACCCGCACUGAAAGCAAUUAAGAAAAUAAAAAGGAGCCCAUUCAUUGUUGCCGAUAUAGAGGCUGCUCUCCACGACGAUGUUCAUGUUCCUUGCGCAGUGGGGUUCUUAGUGGUUAAGCCGGGUGAAGAUCUUGCUUCCAAGUCUGAAUAUUAUAUUGAAACAUAUUUCAGUGAAGAUAACGAUUUCUCAAUAUCAGAUUUCAAAAAACGAAGUGAACGUAUGAUGCUCGACUUUAUAGAGCGUUUAGCGGCUGUGGUAUCAGAUGAAAAAGAAAUUCGAACGGUCUAUUUCCAUAACUUUUCACGAUACGAUGGCAUUAUAGUAACGAGAGCUUUUACUUCUCAGAUCGGCAAGUACUCCUUCCAAACGGUGAUGAGGAAGCAUAAAAUGUACGAGUUAAAAGUCUAUCGUGGAAAUGAAAAAAAGAAAUUAUUGUUCCGUAUAAGGGAUUCCUACCUUCUCCUUCCCGCUGCGCUAAAUAACUUGGCCCAGGAUUUAUGCCCGAAAUUAGGUUCUAAAGGCACCAUUCCCUAUGAGAAAUUACGACUUGAGUAUCUUCCGGAGAUAGGUCAACAAUUGUUGGCUUAUCUGAAACAAGAUAUUCGUCUCUUAGGUGGCGUUAUGCUGAAGGCACAAGAGAUUUAUUGGAAUCUGUACAAAAUAGACAUCGUUGAUACAAUAACGUUGUCAUCGCUAGCUCUAUCAAUCUUUCGUAUGCACUAUUACGACCCAAAGAGUUGGCCCAUCCAUAUACCAACUCGAAACCAAGAACGCUUCAUUCGGCGUGGUUAUUAUGGAGGACAUGCCGAUGUCUAUAAGCCCUAUGGUUAA